CCAGUUUCUCCAUGAAUAUAGAUUCAAUAGAUUUGAAGAGACUGCUCUUCACAUAGCUAUCUCUUCUUACCAUCCAGAUCGAGAUGACCCUAAACAUCAUCCUCAUCUUACUUGUAUUAAGGAAAUGAUUGCUCACAUACCACAGGAAAAUCGACUACGUAUCUUAACACAGAAGAAUGAAAAAGGGAACACACCUCUUCACCUUGCAGCAGAACUCGGAAUUGUCCCGAUUAUUGAGUGUUUGGUAAACCCAGAAGACCCUACUCUCAUCUGGGAGACCAAUUCAAAAGGGGAAACCCCCUUAUUCAUAACUGCUUAUCGUGGUAAGCUACAAGCUUUUCUCUACCUACAUAAGUGUGUUCAAGAUGAAAAAGAAGAAGGUCCAAUUGAACUUUGUAGAAGGGAAGAUGGCGAUAACAUUCUACACGCCGCCAUUUCUGGCGAGUACUUUGAGCUGGCUUUUCAGAUAAUACAUUACUAUCCGCUACUUGUCAACCGUUACAACACAAAGGGCAUGUCUCCUCUACACGUCCUUUCCAGGAUGCCUCAACUAUUCAGACGUGGCCGUUUUCGGUUCAUAGAUAGUAUAAUACACUACUGCAUAAAUAUCGAUGAGCUAAAGCUAAUGACAUAUGAAGCUGAAGACAAAGGCGACUUAAAACUUAAACUAGCUUGGAAUCUCCCAGAGAACUACCAAGCACUGGUGGACUUCUUGCAACUACUUUGGAAUGGGACUCGGAUAAUUCAUGAUUAUAUUACAAAAAUUUGUUUUGGGCGUCAAGGGAACAAGCCUAAAGGUACGUGAUUAGAUAGAAACAUUCUACUUUAUUAACUCAUUCACGUUGAGUUAACCAAAUGAUUCGAGCGUUUAACCAAAUGAUUCAAGCGCCUCAAGAGUGUCUUGUUGGCACUUCGUACCUGAGAAUUUUACAUGGUCCAAGACUAAUUCUCUUUUCUAUCUAGAUACUCCUCAAGCAACUAAUGUGAAUCCAGAGGAGGUGCCUCCAGGUACGUAAUUGUGUAAUAAGCCUUUCAGGUUAUGUGGACUUGAGCAUAUAUAAGAGGCAAUAAACUAUGAUUUUUUUUUUUCAUGAUAACUCUUACU